AUGGCGGAGCGCGAGGACAUGGUGGACGUGGACGGCGAGACGUGGGACGACUGGGUGGACGACGGCUCGUCCGCCAGUUUCGACUGCGUGUUCUGCGCCAGCAAGUUCCCGGCCGAGGAGCCGCUGCACGCGCAUCUGCAGGAGGCGCACGACUUCUCGCUCAAGCGCGAGAUCUCGGCGCGCAAGCUCGACACGUACGGCACCAUCCAGCUCGUCAACUUCCUGCGCUGGAGCACGCUGGACGGCGUCGCGGCCGAGCAGGUGAAGCAGACGCUGGCCACGGAGGGCAACGCCGCCUUCCAGAAGGACGAGUUCCUCAAGCCCGUGGUGGCGGACGACCCGCUGCUCUACUGUCUCGACUGCGACGACAGCGACAGCAGCGAUGAUGAAGACGCGGCUGAUGAGGAGGAGCAGAAGAGCGAGAAGGCGGUGGUGGCCCCCACUGCUGCUGCUGCUGGUGACGACGCCGCUGCGUUGAUCGCCAAGCUGCAGCUCGAGAACCAGGAGCUCAAGCAGCAGAUGACCAAGUACUCCAAGCUCGUCCGCGACUUCGUGGUCGACGGCGAGAGCUCGGCCCCCGUGGAGGACGCCGCGGACAACGACACGUACUACUUUGACUCGUACUCGCACGUGGGCAUCCACCGCGAGAUGAUCACGGACCGGAUCCGCACGGACGGCUACCGCAACGCCAUCCUCAACAACCCGGAGCUGUUCAAGGGCAAGGUCGUGCUCGACGUUGGCUGCGGCACGGGCAUUCUGAGCAUGUUCGCGGCGCAGGCUGGUGCUGCCAAGGUGAUCGGCAUCGACCGCAGCGAGAUGGGCGACGUGGCCCGCGAGAUCGUUGCCGCCAACGGAUUCAGCGACGUCAUCACCAUCCUCCGCGGCAAGGUGGAGGACAUGGAUCUGCUUGUGGACAAGGUGGAUAUCAUCGUCUCCGAGUGGAUGGGCUACUGCCUUCUGUACGAGUCCAUGCUGGACACGGUGCUGUUCGCGCGCGACAAGUGGCUCGCCCCCGGCGGCCACCUCUUCCCGGACAAGUGCUCCAUGUUCAUUCAAGGAAUGGAGGACUCGACCAAGCGCUUCGACUUCUGGGACGACGUCUACGGCUUCAACAUGAAGCCCAUCCAGUCCAAGAUCUCGAUCCGUGACGCGUUUGUGGAGGACGUUCGGCCGAGCGACAUCAUUACGAGCCGCGAGCUGCUGCAGAACAUCGACAUCGACCACGUCACGUACGACGAGCUCGACUUCCACUCGACCUUCACGCUGUCCGUCACCAAGGACGCCACUUUCCACGGGUUCGUGUCCAGCUUCGACAUCGGCUUCGAGCGCGAUUGCCCGCGCCCCGAGUACUUCACAACGGGAGCUGAGGGCACGCCCACGCACUGGCACCAGGUCUUUUUCCAUGUCCCGAAGCCCUUCGCGGUCAAGAAGGGAGAUGCUGUGGAGGGCAAGUGGUGGGUGCGACGGAAUGCCGAGAACCCGCGCUUCCUUGACGUCGAGAUCCAGUGGAAGCAGGCGGCUGAGGGCGAGUUCCUCGUCCAGCGUUACCGCAUUCACUAAGAGCUUUU